AGUAAAAUGAUCAGUACACAUUUGGCUCCACCAUUCCAAUAUUAUGCUCCAAAUCCAGUGGCUCCGCCGAUUCCGACGCUGGACGAAAAGUACAAGCCGUUCCCUCAUUACAAUUUGGAAGUGGUACAAUGGUCCCUAAUAUUCGGAGUCUGCCUGAUCCUCGGCGUCGGUAUGGGCGCCAACGACAUAGCCGACUCCUUCGGAACCUCAGUUGGAACCGGCAUACUUACAGUAACCCAGGCCUUCAUUCUGGCUACCGUAGUCGAGAUGAUGGGCUCCGUCGCAUCGGGCUUCUCCGGCGAUGGACAACAAUUGCAGGUGGUGAACACGGAGUCCUACGAGGAUAACCCCGACGAACUCGUGAUCGGACAGAUCGCGAUGCUUGUCGGGUGUGCCACGUGGCUUAUGGUUGCCACGUUUUACAGUAUGCCAGUUUCUGCGAUCCACUCUUUGCUGGGAGCCACCAUAGGCUUCUCCCUAGUGCUCCGAGGCCUUGAUGGAAUUGUAUGGGACCGAGUGGGGAUGGUCAUGGCAGUAUGGAUACUGUCACCGAUUGUGUCUGCGAUUUUUACACUGAUCACAUUUUUCCUAGUGGAUGUUGCAAUUUUAAGAGCGAAAAACCCUGUAAAACGAGGCAUUUUCCUGCUACCUGGAAUCUACGCUAUUGUAGUUUUUUCGAAUGUUUUCCUAUUCUUGCAAGAUGGCAGUAAAGUCUUUCGAAUCGAUGAGAUCCCGUUCCUAUAUACCGUGGCGGCAUCAUUAAUUAUAGCUGUACUUGCGGGGUUUUUGGCGCUUUUCGUGGUGGGACCCAUAAUGCAGCGGAAGUUGAAAAAAAAAACCGAGAAGCUCCCCCGCAUUGCCAGCUCCCUCUCCUACACAUUUCCAAUUGUUCCACGUGGAUGGUUGAGACGGGCGGUCUACUGGGCGUUCCCGCCAAUGCGAAAUGACGAUCAAAAAGCCGUUAGACUGUUCAGCUUCCUGCAAAUUUUGACCGCCUGCUUUGCUGGAUUUGCUCACGGAGCCAAUGAUAUUUCAAAUUGUGUUGGACCGGUUAGAGAUUUGGUGCAUAUGUAUAAUGAAGGUUAUCGGGAGGAUAAUACCAAGUUGAAUAUAACUGUAUAUAUCUUAUUACUUACCACUUUGGCGGUUGUCAUGGGAAUUUGGACCCUUGGAGUCCGGGUCAUUCGGACUGUGGGGAAGUUUUCGAAGAUGAACCCAGCUACAGGCUUCUCCGUUCAAUUCGGAGCUGCCAUUACUGCGCUAGUCAACAAUAUGUAUAACAUCCCAGAGAGCGGCACCCAUUGUCUAGUCGGCUCAAUCUUUGGGCUUGGAUUAGUUCGGUCCGGGCCGAUAUUGGAAUGGCAUACUGUUAAAUAUGUAUUCGUAUCUUGGAUAUUGACUAUUCCCGGUUCAGGUCUCAUCUCAGCAGCAGUAAUGUAUCUUUUGCAAGCGGUUCUUGGGUAGAUCGCUCGUUUUAUUUUUGUGCUUCACGAAUAAAUAUAUUACUUUUUGA